GGGGUGUCCUUACUGGUCCUUACAGUAAGUCAGGGGGUAGUUUCAUAUAACUUUACGCAGUCAUAUUAUUUAGGCCUACGUCUUCUUUAUUGAUAUUUGUUUUGUUUUUAUUUUUGUUUUAUUCUAAACUUUAGCAUUCGACUCUAACUUUAUCCACGCCUGUUCAAUCUCUGGUGGCAUUAUGGCAGUGUUUGAGAACUGUACUGUAGUGUUAGAUGUGAAGAAUUUGCCUUUUAAAGAGAAGAAUAAAUUGAGGUCAGCUCUUCUGGACAAUGCAGGAAACAUCUCCUAUGUCGUCAACAAAGAGUGUUCAUUUGUAGUCACAAGCUGUCUGGACGACUUGAGCAGUAACCGACAGCGCAGCAUUCAGAAGCACAACAUCCCACUGGUUGGCUUGCAGUAUGUGUGGAGUUGUCUGGAAAAAGGGCAUCUCCUGCCUUUGACAGAGCAUAUUUUGGCAUAUCCCAGCUUUGAGCCCCUCCCUUAUCCAGAGAUAAAAGUGUUGACCCAGCCAUCAGGGAAGUUGAAAGGUCAGCCGCAGCUCAGAAACACUGAGACUGAGAUUCUUGAGAAGGACGGACCCCAUCUUGGCAAAUUCAGAGUUUACAAAGAAAGUGACCGUGACAUGCCUGAAUUUCCCUCACAUUUUCAAGUGGCAAAGUAUUCAGUUUUUGAAAGUGUCAAACCCAAGACUUUGUCAGUUUUGGAGCUACAGAGUGCCAAAGGAGGAGCAGGCCAGCAGUAUCGUGUGUUGUGUUCCAUGUUGCGUGAAUCAGAGAAAGUAGUGGUGCAGGAUAAGCUUGUGUACUGUGUGACCUCUGAGGAUGCUGUGGAUGCCUAUCAGAUGCUGAUGAUGGAGAUGGAGACUCAAGGAUUCACACAGACACACACACUUCCUCCUGAGGCUGAGCAAAUGGCAUCCUACAGCUUGAAGCAGCUUCUGUUGGAGGAGAAGCUGAACUGCAGCACAUUAUCACAGGAAGUGGGCAUCUUUGUGGAGCUGGUCUGGACUGAAGCUCUCGGUUCCCUUGGCAACAUCCUGACGGUCCCUGUCUCAAGUAUCAGCCUCAAUGAUGUGAGUCGGGUGGAGGGAUUGUUGCUGCAGGCACAAAAGACUCAAAAAGAAGCUGAAGUCAAGGCCCUGCUAGAGGAAGUCAACACUCUUCUACCCCUCAGAAUGAUCGACCCUCCAUCUAAACACAAGCUUGUAUCUCAGAAACUAGACCUUUGUCAGCUGAUCAGAGAUAUUGUGAAUGUGAGUGAAGCCACUCUGAGAAGCCCCUCGCCCUCCUCUCUGGGAAAGUAUCGUGCACUGAGGUGCAGCAUUGAAGUAGUUCCACCACAAAACCCUGAGUUUCAUGUAGUCUCUCAACUGCUUCAGGACAGGACUGUUCAGAUUCAGCAGAUAUUGCGUGUAAACAGAGGGGUGGAGCUUCAAAUGUUUAGGGAGGAGAUAGGCAACAUUAAGCCCCUCCUCCACUCUACUAGUCCCAGAAGUUUUGUUGGAAUACUUUCACGAGGUCUGCUGCUGCCCAAGGUUGGAGUCGAACAGCAUGGAAUUGAGAGGACAGAUAUAGGGAAUCUUGGAGGAGGCAUCUACUUCAGUGACUCUCUAAUGACUAGUGUGAAGUACUCCAAGCCCAGUGUAACUGAUGGCUCUCGGCUGCUGUUGGUGUGUGAGGUGGCUUUGGGUCAAUGCAAGGACCUGCUGAAAAGAGACACCACUUUGACCUCUGCCCCUGAGGACUACAACAGCGUACAUGGAGUCCGCCGCACCCCGAAAAAACCCUCUGAAUUUGAGGAUGAUGAGUAUGUAGUAUAUAACACAGACCAGAUCAAACUGAAGUAUGUAGUGCAGUACACUCUGGAGGAGGACCAGUUAAAAAUGUUCCAGCCUCAUAUUGACACCUCUGUGGAGCUCACACUGCCCAUUGACACAACCUCUGACAUCUUGUCCAGUGAUGACAGUGAGGGUUUGGAGAGCACUAAGAAUCCUUUAGAGGAGAUGACCGCAGGUUUGCUGGACAGCAGUGGUCAGAAACUUCCCCUACUGGCUGUCCAUGUAAGAUGCAAGCUCAUGGACCUACUGUGUCAGGUCAUAAUUUUUCAGACUUACACAAAUCAGAGUGCUGUUCCUAUUGAAGCAAAGUAUGUCUUUCCACUGGAGGAGACGGCAGCAGUGUGUGGAUUUGAAGCCUUUAUCAAUGGAAAGCACGUCAUUGGAAAGGUAAAGGAGAAAGAGCAGGCUCGUAAGGAGUACAAACAAGCAAUAGAGAAAGGCCAUGGAGCCUACCUGAUGGACCAGGAUGCACCUGAUGUAUUUACUAUCAGUGUGGGGAACCUUCCUCCUGGAGCCACAGUUUUGAUCAAGUUGACCUUCAUCACUGAGCUGGUGGUGAGAGCAGGAUCUAUAAUCUUCUCACUGCCUGGCAGCGUUGCACCCUGGCAACAGAGCGACGCCCUUAAUCAGAGAACUCAGGGAACUGUUGAGAAGGUUUGUGUGACUGAGCUUCAGUCAGAGGGGGAGUUUUCUCUGUGUAUGUCCAUUGAAAUGCCUUAUGAGAUAAUCGACUUAAGGUCUUCACACCGCAUCAAAUCCAAGAUGACAGACUGUAAGGCAGUGGUCAGUACUUUACCCGGACAGACUCUUGGAUCUGAAGGGCUCCAGGUGUCCUUCAGUCUCUCUAAGAUUCACAUGCCCAGGAUGUGGGUGGAGAAUCAUCCAGAGAAAGAUAGUCAGGCCUGCUUGUUGGUGUUUUAUCCAGACUUUAAAUCAAGUGGGGUGUCCAGGACUGGAGAUCCGUCCAGUGUGAGUGAUGUGGUCAUUCUGCUGGACUCAUCUGAGUCUAUGCGGGGAGACGCCAUCAUGAAUGCUCGCAGGAUUGCCCUUCAAGUCCUCAACUCUCUCGAACGCUCACUCAAGAUCAACAUAAUCUCUUUUGCCACUGAUUACAAAGAAGUGUUUCCUGCAUCAGUGCCCUUAGAUGAGGCAUCUAAAUCAGCCAGACAAUUCAUUAUGUUCUCUAGUGGUGCUGGCGGCAGCACUGAGCUGUGGAGGCCUCUCCGUAGCCUGAGUCUGCUGCCUCCAUCACAGGGUGUGAGGAAUAUCCUGCUGCUGUCUGAUGGACAUGUUCAGAAUCAGGCUGUGACCCUACAGCUGAUCCGAGAGAACUCCUGCCACACACGCCUCUUCACCUGCGGCCUCAGUUUGACAGCUAAUCGUCAUAUGCUCAGAGCUUUGGCUCAAGCAGGUGGUGGAACAUAUGAAUUUUUUGACACAAAGAUGAAACACACUUGGGCAGAGAAGGUGCGUGCUCAGGUUCAGCGUAUGGAGUCUCCAGGCUGCAGAUCAGUGGCAGUGAAAUGGCAGCAGUUUAAUCCUACUGCGCCCCCUCCUGUUCAAGCUCCUUCACAGCUGCACGCUCUAUUCAGUGACUGUCAUACAAUGGUUUAUGGCUUUGUGCCACAUUGCACUCAGGCCACACUGUUUGGAGAUCUGAGUGGACAGGAGAUCAAAACAAUGGUGUCCACCACAGAACUACAAAAGACAAAGGGAACUUUCCUCCACAAAUUAACGGCUAGAGCGAUCAUCAGAGAUUAUGAAGAUGGCAUUCUUGGCAACAGUGAAGCUGAACAUGAGGGGAAGAAAGCUGAGCUGAAGUCCUACAUCACUGAGCUCAGUAAAGAGUUCUCCAUCUUGUCCCAGUUUACAAGCUUUGUCGCCAUUGAAGAGAGGGACCAGAAUCAGCUUGACACUGGAUUCACAGAUAUUCCUAAACUGAUUGCUGAGGAGGAUGUGGAUAUUCUGUCAUAUAUGGGCUGGACUGAGGAGAAGCAGACUGCUGGUGAUAACGAAGAGGAGCUAAAAUUAGUGGAAAUCAUCAGUGGCACCUCCUGUGAUUAUGAAGAUGCUCCUUAUGAUUUUUUCGAUGACAUCUUGGAUGGAGAUGGUGAAGGUUAUUUGUCUCUGUCAGACUAUGAGGGAUCUAUGAGUUCUUAUUUUAAAUCUAAAACUGAGCUAAAAUCAUCAAAAACCCACACUGGUUUCUCCUCUGAUGUUGUUUACGGACAGUGUUACAAUAAUAUCUUUGAGGAAAUCCUUCCAUCUCCUCCUUCCCCUGUCUUCAACAUUCACAAAUUUAAACAGAGCAAGAUAGAUGGUCUUCACACCAUGAAUGCCGCAUAUCCCUCUUUAAGGGCUCAAAGAUGUGAUUCAGUGCAUCACCCUAACCUUUCCACCAAACUGGUUGCUGGUUCCCCUUCUGAGUACUAUAGCUCAGUUCCCUUCCCUAUGGAUCUCUCCAUAACUGCCUACAGCCCUUCUGCUCCUCCCCUUGGUGCCAAGAUGCAAAUACCUUGCACCACGACUGCCAUUCUUUCCUCUCGUUAUGAGCAUGAAAGCGUUCCAGUGCCUCCACCUGCCACCAAGCCUGACACCUCAGUGCCUCCUUCCCCUCCUGUUAUCAUUGCUGGUUCCCCACCUGAGAACUGGAGACCUAAACCUAAGCCUCUCUCCACGACUUACAAACCUUUUUUACACCUCUGUGAUGACAUGAUGCUGGAACCUUCCCUCAAAAGUGUUAAGCCUCCCUCCCCCCUUGCCUCCAUGCUUCCCCCUCCUCCAGCCCCCUUUUUAUCAUUGCCUGUUAAACCCAUAAUACCUGGGUUGCCCUCUUAUGGUCAAUAUGGUAGUCCUACUGAUGCCCUCCAAAAGUCAGUUGAGCCUGAACAGUUCUGUGGGUCCUCAGUCUCUAAUUUGAGGUCUUCGUUUAUGUUUGGAGCAUCUGUUCAGCAUCAACAACAAGGCUUUGGGAUUUCUGCCUCUACUCAAGUUGGCAGUUCUGUUCCAAUGCCUCCCCCUGCCAUCAAGCACCAAGCUCCUCCUCCUGCUCUUGCCACUGGUGCCAUGAUGUCUUUACCUUGCUCCAGGAGUGACAGGCCUCCCUCACCCCCUGCCUGCAUGCCUUCUUCUGCUCCUGCCUCCUAUUUCUCUUAUCCUGUUAAACCCAUAAUACCUGAGUUGACCUCUUUCGCAUAUGGCAGUCCUAGAACGCAUGAUGCCCUCCAGAAUGCAGCUGAGCCUGAAAAGAACUGUGGUUCCUCAGCCCCUCAAUUUAGGCCUUCAGUUAAGUUUGGAGCAUCUGUACAACAACAACAAGGAGGCUUUGCGUAUUUUGCCUCUCCUCAGCAACAGCAACAACUCUUUGGGAUGUCUGCCUCAAAUCAAGCUGGCGGUACUGUUCCAAUGCCUCACUCGGCCAUCAAGGACCAAGCUCCUCCUCCUGCUCCUCCCUCUAGUGCUAUAAUGCCUAUAGUUUGGUCCAUGAGUGGCAGGCCUCCCUCACCCCCUGCCUCCAUGCCUCCUCCUCCUGCCUCCUUUUUCUCUUGGGCUGCUAAACCCAAAAUACCUGAGUUGCCCUCUUUCACAAAUGGUAAUCCUUCUGGUGCCCUCCUGAACAUAGCUGAGCCUGAAAAGGACUGUGGUUUCUCAGACCCUCAAUUUAGGCCUUCAUUUAAGUUUGGAGCAUCUGUUAAGCAACAACAAAGAGGCUUUGAGUUUUUUGCCUCUCAUGCUGCUAAAAGUGUUCCAAUGCCUCCCCCUGCCAUCAAGCACAAAGCUCCUUCUCCUGCUCAUCCCCCUGGCGCCAUGAUGCCCUUAACUUGCUCCAUGAGUGUCAGGCCUCCCUCUGCCUCCAUGCUAUCCCCUCCUCGUCUCCAAGUUUUCAGUACACCCAUAAUACCACAACAACAGCAACAAAUGCGUGAACUACAACAACAGCAGCAACAAAGUUUUUUUGCACUUGCAAAAAACAGUACCUUUAGUUGGUUAAGUGUUCAAAAUGAACCAAACAAAAUAACAGCACUUAACUUGGCAUGUGCACCACGAAGACCACCUGACACAGUGGCCUGGGAUGAGCUGUUUGAGCUUCAACAUGAGGAUGGAUACUGGGAAUGCACUGGGAGGCUGAGUAGUUUCCUCAGCCUGGAUGUAGACUUUUUUGCCAAUGUCUUCCUUAAGGAGAAAGGCAUCUGUUCCUUGGGUGUGAAGGCUCAUGUGGACAUUCUGAGACUGGUGGCCACUCUGUUGGUGCUGCAGCUGAUUCGGGUGAAGAAGCUGGCAGAGGGAGAGCUGCUCCUGUCUCUGUUCAAGCUGAAAGAGUCCCAGGGGAGCAGGCCAGUGCACUGGGAGGCAGUGAAGAGGGCAGUAGACUGGGCUUGCUGGGCAGACAGACAGUAUCCAUGUGUGUGCAGCAGGCUGGAGUUUGGCUGGGAUUGGGACUCAUCCACACGGCAGUUACUUGGCUGUGACUCACCACUCCCAUUCUCCCCAAUUAUUCCUGUUCUGGAGAGGCGUGUGGAUGUAUCAGUCAUGUAGAACCUGGGCACAGACGUUUCUAUUCAUUUAAAUUUGUUGCUUUACUUGCUGAUCUUUUAAUAUAGCAAAAGAGUGUUUAAAUAUUUCAAGAAAUGAAUUAUCUGGCUUAAAUACAAAUAGUUAAUCUGAUGAGCAUCUUGCUUGGUUUAUAUGAGAGGUGUUAAAGGAAUAGUUCACUAAUAAAUUUACAUUCUGUCAUAAUUUCUUCACCCACAUGUCAUUCCAAAUGUAUGACUUUCAUACAUUUGGAAUAGAACACAAAAAAGUAUAUUUUGCACGAGGCUGGUUUACAGGGCUGUCAAGCUCCAAAAAGCACACUAAAAGUGGUUCAACUCUUCUGAAGCCAUUCCAUAGCUUUGUGUGAGACUGAAAUUUAAGACGCAAUUAGCUGAAAAUCUUCUCCUCUAUUGUAACUCUCAUAUCUCAUUAAUGCUUGCAUCUAGUUCAAAGGAUUCAUAUGUUUUGUCAUGAUAUAUUUUGUCAUGAUCGGUCAUUAGACGCUUGUGUACCAAUGAUGUUUGACCUCAUUGACAAAAAACCUGGUUAAACAUGUCUUGAGGUGCCAUGUUUAAAUGUGCACAAUCAUGAAUAAAGACAUGGGUUUGGAGUGAUAUGAGGGUAGUAAAUAAUGACUGAAUUUUAUUUUUUGGGUGGACUAUCCUUUAUUAAAAUUGCAAAAUUGUUUGUGAGAUGUUCUGUCAAACUGAAUAGAUGUUUUGGGUCAUACAUUAUAGUAUUCAUGUAACAUUGUAAAUACAUAAUUAAGAAAUGAAUAAUUUACAUAAUACACUAACAGUCAAAAGUUUGGACAAACUUUACUAACUGUAUAUUGUUUGUGAUCUUAAAAAACCUUUUGAGUAUCCUGGAGUUUUCCCAUUUGGCCUUCCCUCUAAAACACCCAUUGAAACACUGCACAAACUGCUUGACAAAUUACUGCUUUUGUCCAAAACAGGCAUUCUUUAUAGAUGGAUAAAUGAUUGUAUACUGACAUGCCAGUGCUCCUUGUAAUGGAACCCUCUUUCAGUUGGUGGCUCUAAUAGGCUAAUUUGAUCAACUUUGAUGAAGAGAAUAAUAUAUAAAAGUGUAAAUAAUAUAUAAAGUAGUGGUGUUAAAACAUUUAAACAGUGAUCUGUUUAAAUGUUUUAUCACCACAUAAUUUCCAUACUUUCAUCCAAGGGCACCCACAGGAUUCUGAUCCAUGGUAUGCAGAAGAAGAAAAAAAUUGUAAUCAUUACUCGUAUUUGAACCCCAGCAGGUAUUUGUUUACAUUAUGCUUUCUUAAUUCAAAUGUUUUAAUUUAACAUUAAGUAUUUAAAUUUAGUCUUAAUUUAAAUUAUUUUAUGACAAACUUGCAUUUAAACCUCUUAAAUUGACAGUUAAUUUGCACAAUCUUUUGUAUGCACAAGAUCUGUCAAUUCCUGCCAGCACAAUAAUGAUUACAUUACUAACAAAGCAAUAGUCUUACAUUUCUGAUUCAAGUAAGAAGCCAAUGCCUACCUUGCAGUUAAAAGUUCAACCUCCUGGUCCCUGACAUGUCAAAUUCAUUCAGUACUCGCUCUGUUUAUUCCAAAGUCUUUGUGAAAUGUUCAUUAGAGCCAAGUCUGUGAUGCGCGUCUUCAUCUAGCAGUUCCUCAAAUAUGUAGGAUUUAUGUGAACAAAAAAGUUCAGAAAUUGUACUCUGCUUGCUUUUAUUAUUAUUGUUUAAACAAAACGAGAGUCUGUCACAAAACAUUACUAUUACAUUCUCCUUGUCAACUCCAGAUUAACAACAAAAUAUGUCAAGCGCCCCGCCAAUCACAUUCUAUCAAACAUAAUUACAGUGUCGCUGUUGGUUUGAAAUGUCUGACCGCCUUUUAUUCAGUUUGUAAUUUUGUUUUAUUUUUUUUAUGUAUUUUAUACUGCUUUCAUCUGUGUUAUUUAGUUUUGAUCGCUUCGCUAUUAUUGUAAAACAAUGGAAAACAGUAAUUAUAAAGAAUGAUUAGGUGUGUCCAAACUUUUGACUGGUAGUUCAUUCUUAAUAUAGUAUAAAAUUAUUUAGAAGAACCAUUGGUAAAUACAGACUGUUAUAGUAAUUAACUGUAUUAAUAAUGUGUAGGCUAUAGUAAAAUGGAUGCUGUAACGCAUUGAUCCCAUUAUUUGUUUUUGAGUGCAGUGAUGCCAUAUUUAUAACAAGCAAAAUAAAUGCAAUAAAAAGAUUCAGAAAUG